AUCUUAACAGCAGUGGGGCAGAUUCAACAUUGGCGUCUCAUUGACAUCUUCGACAGCGGUCUUGGAUCGAUCGAAUUCGACACGACACAACUGGUCUCAGAAUCUGUCAACAUGGUCAUCGACUACUCGAAGUGGGACAACAUCGACACCGACUCUGAUGAGGAGCCGGUGACCGCCCAGCCAGCGAAGGCUCCGAAGCCGGCAGCUGCUCGUCGAAUGCCGGCACAGCCGACCCAAGCCCCGACAUCUGCAUCGUCAAACGAGACACAGCUUCCAACUUUCGAGUAUGCCGGCACGAAAUGGAACUAUAUCAACCUUGAUUCUGACCCAGAGGACGAUAAGGCGGCCCCUAAGCCCGCAGCUGCGCAUCAAACGGCGGCGAAGCCAGCUCAGGCCUCAGCAUCCGCGUCCUCAAACAUCGCGCAGCCCUCGGGUGAGCACAUCAAGGCCGUCAUUGUCCACUGCGACGGCGACCGAGCCCCCGGAGCCAAGUGGUCGGCGACCACCAUCCCCAGCAACCACCCCAUCUUUCAGCAGGUGGCCAGCCGCGAGGCACCGCUGCCCGCAGCCCUGGAGAUCCCCCUCGCCUUCCGCCGUCUGCCCAGUUCCAAGUUCAAGACGCGCCCCUCUAGCUUGGACAACCAGAUCAUCACCUACAUGAACAUCGAGCUAGAGUCUGGCUUUGCCCCGCCGGGCUGGCAGUCUGAGGUCGGGACCGUGCUCGUGGCACGGCUGGACAAGAAGCCGUUCCUGCCGCAGCAUCUCGAGGCCGUUUGGCAGUACUGCGACCACAUCCUGGAUCUGUUCGGUGAUGGAAAUGGACCACCGAGGCGUCUGUACAACAGGGCGGCGUUUGAGAAGUGGUGGGCGCGCUAUGUGGGGCUGAUGAAGGAGCACGGUGGUGACUGGACCAACGUUCCUACGCCGUAUGAAGUCUGAGCGAGGGUACGGAAUUCGAAGUGAGGUACCAUCAAGUUUGCAUUACGAGAACGGCUGUCUUGGGAGCGUGUCCAGUACUCGUCGCAAUAUGGCGAGUGCUCGCUCAUUGUGGGGAAAAGGAAUUGUCCUCUGCUCUGCCUGUUGUCGUAACCAUUAUUUGAUGGUAGUCUUUGAUUGCCUCUCGUUUUUAGCAUCGCGACAGGUAUCAGUUAGUAUUCUACACACUUGCCCCG